CGAUCUCAAAUUCUGUGUGUGUAUGUAGAUCCAUUUUUGACCAAUCUGGUAAUGGUAAUGGCAGUGCCAAUUGCUUGGAUUUGUUGUGGACCAAUUAAUUACCCUGAACUACUCGUUGAACAGAGAGGAGGAUUUUGUCAUAUGAUACGAACCAUCCCCCUCUUUUCUUCUUCUUUCGUCUUUUCAAUGCAAUCCCUUGAUUUAUUAUCCCUAAACCCUUUGAUUUGGAGCGAGAACAAAUCUCCUCGAAGCGGCAGCAGCUUUAAAUGCGAGUUGGUUGAUGCGGUUGUUUUCCGUCUUCUCCUUCUUAAGAUCCAAGUUUUUUUGCCCUUUCUUUGAAUUCCCCAAUUCUUGUUUCUUUUCGAUUCUCCAUUUUCGACCAACCUUUUUGAUUUCCAUGGAUUUCAUAGCCAAUCCUUUUCGGCUUUCUUCUUCCUCCUCGCCUUCGUUUGGGAAUCUCUUUGACAGAGUUCGAGAAAUUUGCUGCUAUGCGGUUUAUGCGAUUCUUGGCAACAUUUUGUCUGCGAUCUUCACUUUCUUCUUCGCCCUAGUGGGGACUUUGCUUGGAGCCAUGACUGGAGCAUUAAUUGGUCAAGAAACAGAGAGUGGGUUUGUUAGAGGAGCUGCUGUUGGGGCAAUUUCUGGUGCUGUUUUUUCAAUUGAAGUCUUUGAAUCUUCUUUGGUUCUUUGGCAAUCAGAUGAAUCAGGGAUAGGUUGUCUUCUUUAUCUGAUUGAUGUCAUUGCAAGCCUCCUCAGUGGACGACUAGUUCGAGAACGGAUCGGUCCAGCGAUAUUGAGCGCAGUUCAAAGUCAGAUGGGUGCUGCAGAGACGAGCUUUGACGACAUCUCGAACAUCUUCGACACUGGCAGCUCGAAAGGACUGCCUGGGGACCUGGUUGAGAAAAUUCCCAAGAUCAUGGUGUCUAAGAACAACAGUGUAGAUGCUUAUGGAGAAAAAGUCUGUUGUUCCGUUUGCCUUCAGGACUUUCAGCUUGGAGAGACUGUAAGAAGCUUACCAUAUUGUCAUCACAUGUUCCAUUUGCCCUGCAUUGAUAAAUGGCUUAUUACUCAUGGUUCUUGCCCUUUAUGCAGAAGGGAUCUGUAAUAUUUUUCCACUCACCACUGUGUUAACCUUGCCCUUGUAAAUUACAAAGAGAAAAUUUCCUUAUUUUCGAGUUAGAUCAUUGGUUUAGUAGUUCGAUAUAGAGGCAUCAGACUCGGAACAUACUGUGACGAUCGAUCCUCAUCGAUGUAUAAAAAUUUUGAGUAAUUAUACCCUUAUAUGCUCUUGUGAAUAAACCAUAUUCCUUCUUUUUUUUCCUUA